AUGCUACUACAAGGUAUCAAGCGACUUUCGGAUCCUAAACGCAAGAAGCAACCAAUUACUAUGCCAUUCCUCCGUCUACUGCACCGCACUCUCGAUGUAUCCCGACCGCGGCAGCGCCUGUUGUGGGGUAGCAUACUCAUUGGAUACUUCUUUAUGCUCCGGAGAUCGGAGUACUUACUGAUCGGGUCCACUCGAUACUUCUACUGUCUCAAGGCCAGUAACGCCUACUUCUCAGAUAAGGACGGCAAGGCAGUGAAGUACGCGCUAGCGACAUCAGUAACAAUCGGGCUUGAAGGUGCCAAGAACGACCAGUACGGCCGCGGAGCCUGGCGGACGAUGCACGCGUCCGGUGAUCCUGUGAUAUGCCCACUACUCGGUCUCUACAACAUCAUUCAAGCUCGAAUAGACCUCAAGAUGCGAUCAGAGCCUCAUUUAUGUGGAAAUCUCAGCGCGAGAACAGUGUCGAAAGCCCUCAAGCGGAUAGCAGUGCGAGCCGGCGUCUCACCUCGAGCGUACGCGACUCACUCAAUUCGAAUUGGCGGUGCCACCGCGCUUGUAGCAGGCGGAGCCGACAGAUUAUCGAUUAAACUCCUUGGUCGGUGGGCGUCAGACUGCUUUGAAGAAUACCCGCGUCAGUCAGCUAAAGCUUCGAUGGGGCUAUCAAGCCGAAUGGUGCAACACAAAGAGUCAAGAACCCGGUGA